AUGAGUAAUCAACCGCAGGAUAUUGUGAGAGAGAUGGCGAACUCGCUACGUAACAGCAGAUCACAAUUGGCCAUGACUUUGGCUCAAUUAGAGCAGGUGCAGAGACAAAAGAAGAUAGCAGAGCUGACCGAAAAGGAGCUUACCAGCUACGAUAACGAAAAGGUGUGGAGGUCUUGCGGCAAGAUGUUCAUCCAACAAGAGAAACAAUCAUACACAGGCGACUUGAAGCAUGAUGAGAAGUUGCUAGACGAACAAGUCAAGGCUCUUGAACAGAAGAGACACUAUCUACAGACCACUGUUGACAACACGGUUGAGAGCUUGAGAAGGGUGAUGGGAUCGUAA